AUGGACCGAGCCUUUGCAGGAACCAGAUGCUCCAAAACCAAAUUACUUAUAAGCAAGAAUUUAAAAGUCUUCAAAGAUAUCGAUGCAAAUGACAAAGAUAACCUAUUUCUUGUCUCUGAAUAUGUAAACGAUAUCUAUGACUAUCUUUACCAGUUAGAGGAGCAGCAACCCAUCUUCAAGAAUCAUCUGUCAGGUCAAAAGGAAGUUUCACCCAAAAUGAGAGCGGUGUUAAUAGAUUGGCUUAAUGAAGUCCACUUGCAAUUUGAGCUGAUUCCAGAGACCUUUCAGCUGGCUGUGGCUAUCAUUGAUCGUUACCUUCAAGUGAUCAAGGACACUAAACGCACCCAUUUCCAGUUGCUUGGAAUUACAGCCCUUUUUAUAGCCACCAAAUAUGAAGUGCAGUUACCAUCUGCAAUCGAAGAUUUUGUUUCAAUCACCGAUAAAAUCUACACAGCUCGCCAGAUUUGUCAAAUGGAGCUGCAGAUCCUUAAGGCCAUCGAUUAUAGCUUGUCGCGUCCUUUGCCAAUUCAAUUUUUGCGUCGGUAUUCGAAAGCUGCCGAGGCAAAGGACAAACAUCAUUCCAUGGCCAAGUAUUUUAUUGAACUGGCUGCCUUGGAUUAUGAUCUCUGUAGCUACAAACCCUCGGAGAUUGCCGCAGCCUCGCUGUUUUUGUCCCUGAAUUUACUAAAUGGAAACUAUCGGAAUAGAGAGGGGUUUAAGGAUCACCACUGGUCGGAUACAUUGUCCUUUUAUUCGCGAUAUUCGGCCAUCCAUUUGCGACCGAUCUCUGGGAAAAUUGCAAUGCUGGCUCGGGAUGCACCAAAGGCCAAGCUCAUGGCUGUUUUUAACAAAUACAAGGAUAAUAAUUUCCAAAAGAUUGCGCUGCGACCAGAGCUGAGAAGCCAUUUGAUGACUCUAUGAUUGAUAAAGUCUGAGGA